CGCUGAUUGACUUGGCACCUUCGACUGAAGAUCACAAAUGCCGCUCUACGUCGGGGCUAGAGUGUGGGCGGUUGGUCGGGCUAAAAACUCCUGGAAACGGACCUCAAUAACGACUUGGGAUUGGGCAGAAAUGGGAGGAAAUAGCUAGACCGCGGUACUGGUACCGGUAUCCUUGGUAUGUCCUCGAUUCGAAGAUGAAAAGUUUGCUAGGAAGUAAAGAAUGCAACGCGGGCUUCAUUUGCUGGUUAGGUUGUAUGCUACGAUACGUGCAGCGCUAGGACGUAUGUGGCGCAAGCAUCCUGAAAGCGCCGACCGAUUGCGUGGUGAAUCCUUUGGGGCCGAUAGUAGUGCAAGUGAUAGAUCACUGUUUUCAAUUUCGCUUUCAGUGAUACCUUCGAAACAAACGAAGUGCUCUUGUAAUGCAAAUAGUGCCGACUUGACUGUUACAGGAUUUCAACGCAUAGAGCUGCACUGAAAAGCGCUGGUACGAAGUGCAUGUAGCCCAUCUUCAACGUGAACCCAUUUUCUAGAGCGAACCCAAACCAAGUAAAGUCUCCUCUUCCACGACGUCUCACAACGGAUUUGAUCUGCUCUCCAUCAUGUCUUCACUCUGCACGAGGAACCAAACAGCAUUGACAACAGACUGCAAUUCUCUAUGCCCUCAAGGUCGUCCAUGCAUCGCUUACGCUGCUGGCGAGGAAGCGGAGUGUUCCAGUAUAGCUUCGACGUUCGGGAACUGCACCGCCGACGACUACUGCACUUACGAAUGUUUUGCCACUGGUCCAGACGACUUUGCAGCGAACGGGGCCAUCGAUUUCAGCGUCUACACCUUUUUAAUCCCAUUUGGUGACGAAGUAGGGGGUAAUCUAACCACGGAAUACCCUUCGAAAUCUAAUGACGCACUGCAACACAUUGAAGUACUGGACUUUAUGGAGUCCACAACCGGAGUCGUGUUGUCUGGGGGGUCAAAUUUCAUUGGUGUGAGGGGGAAAGUGGCGAAAAUGCAGCUACCACAAGAACUUUUCGCUGCAGACACGCAACUUCGAACUGUAACGUUGGCAAAUCUAGGUUUGGAGCAGAUUCUCAAGUCAUCGCUACCAUCAGGACUCGUGAACUUGACGGUAUCCAAUUGCCUUAUGACGAGUUAUCCUGACGAUCUACAGACGAUGAAAGAGCUUGAAAAUCUGGAUUUAUCGAACAACUACUUCGGGUAUUUUCCUGAAAAUAUUAAGUUGCCAAAGCUGCAGACGCUUAACCUGUCUACUAACAGUAUAGCAAGUUUUGAAGGCGCAUUUCCGAGCUUGGUUACACUUGAUCUCGCACACAACAACAUAACAACAUACAUUCCAACAGCAAUUUUCGAUCUGAGUGCUCUCAAACGGCUCGAUCUACGUGGAAACAACCUGACAAACAUCACGCUUACACAAGCGCAAUUUAAUUUCCUUCAAGAUCUUGAAAAACUCGAUGUCGAUUCGUUUGGUGACGUCAAGUGCAACACGACAGAGGAGCUUCAAACCAGCAGCAACACACUAAACGUGUGUGUUUUAUCUGCUGAAUCCGCAGAGGACAACUCAUCGAACAAAGCGCUCAUCGCCGGAGUGACGGCUGCAUCGUUCGUGUUACUAUUCAUCCUCGGCAUCAUCUUCGUGUUCCGAUGUCUUCGUCACCGUGCGAUGAACUCAAAACCAGAUCCAGAGAUCGUCGAUUUACGCCUCGAAUUAAUUAGCCCAACACAAGACACUCCUCACCAAAGAGUAGAACGACAUGCUACCGAGCCAACCCCAAGAGAUCACCCGCCACGACGUACAUUUCCUUACGAAAGCGAACUUGGGAUGCUGCUGCUCAACGUAGACGAUCUCGAAUACAUUCGCAGACUCGAGAGUGAUCAUCACUCUCGAGACCCAGGGCGUGCUCAUCGCGAAGCAUUUUUAACACGAUUCCGCGGCUCAAGAUUCCUCGUUUGUAAACGAUUACAUCAAGAAGUACUCGAUGAAGCCUCGGAGAUGCAGCGUUUUGCUGAAGAAAUCCUCCUUGCUGCUUCUCUCCACCAUCCGCGAAUAAUAACACUUGUUGGCGUUAUUUGGAGUCGAAUGUACGGGCUGGAGGCGUUAUUUGAGUACAUGGAAGGCGGUGAUUUGCGUUCCUAUCUGGACAAAGUCGAGGAAACUACCGAGUUAAAAUCAUGGCGGUCGCAUAGCGCCUGGAAGUUGCAAGUCGCGUUCGAUGUGGCUGAAGCGUUGGCGUAUGCACACGCGUUCUCACCCACACUAGUGCAUCGAAAUCUCACGUCGCACAGCGUUUUACUGUCGUCCUCGCCGGAUUUUCGGGCUCGACUCGAUGAUUUUGUGAUUGCUCAAGAAAGGUUUACCAGUGUGCUAACUAUUGACAUUUCGCAACGAGACGAGCGAUGGCUAUCACCAGAAGUUAUCACAGGCAACGCAGACUACAGCCCAGCAGCGGAUAUCUACGCGUUUGGAGUGAUUUUAUCGGAGAUUGAUACGCAUUCCGUGCCCUACAAGAAUAUCCCAAACGACAGACACAGAAUGAGCAAAGUGGAAAUCCUGGAUCCUGUAGCGUCGGGUAAACUGCAUCCUGCAUUCACACUAGGCUGUCCGACGGGAGUUCGAGAACUAGCUGAGAGAUGCUUGAGCUUUGAGCCAGCAGAUCGCCCUACCGCACUGCAAGUUGUCAUCGUUCUACGCACACUACUGUCAGAAGAUCGCAAGAUAUCCUAUACGAUCUAAAAAAAAAAAAAGAAAAGCUUAAACUGAAAAUACAACAAAACGGUUC